AUGGUUCAGUGGACAGACUUCGAGCGCAAAACAAUCCAGAGCAUCUUCGAGAAGAUGGACUACGAUGACGUGGGCCCCGCGGCUCUUUCCAGGUGUCUGGUCGUGUACCCCUGGACCCAGAGGUAUUUCGGUAACUUUGGAAACCUGUACAACGCCGCUGCCAUCCAGGGAAACCCAAUGGUCGCCGCUCACGGAAAGACCGUCCUGCGCGGACUGGACCGGGCUGUCAAGAACAUGGAUGACAUCAAGGCCACCUACGCAGAGCUGAGCGUGCUGCACUCCGAGAAAUUGCGGGUGGAUCCCGACAACUUCCGGCUGCUGGCUGACUGCUUGACUAUUGUCGUUGCUGCAAGAAUGGGUGCUGACUUCACCGCUGACGUCCAGGGUGCUUUCCAGAAGUUCCUUGCCGUCGUGGUGAGCUCCCUGGGCAGACAGUACCACUAG